CAGGCUGGGCUUGCCAUGGUGCUGGGUGCCAUCCUGGCACGAGGGCGGGAUGUGUGCAGGCGGAAUGGACUGCUCAUCCUGUCUGUGCUCUCUGUCACCGUGGGCUGCCUCCUCGGCUUCUUCCUGAGGACCCGGCACCUCUCACCACAGGAAAUUAGUUACUUCCAGUUUCCGGGAGAGCUCUUGAUGAGGAUGUUGAAGAUGCUGAUCCUACCACUGGUGGUCUCCAGCUUGAUGUCCGGCCUCGCCUCCCUGGAUGCCAAGACCUCCAGCCGCCUGGGCAUCCUCACGGUAGCCUACUACCUGUGGACCACCUUCGUGGCAGUCAUCGUGGGCAUCGUCAUGGUCUCCAUCAUCCACCCGGGCAGCGCAGCCCAGAAGGAGACGACGGAGCAUAGUGGGAAGCCCAUCAUGAGCUCAGCAGACCCCCUGCUGGACCUCAUUCGGAACAUGUUCCCAGCCAACCUGGUGGAAGCCACAUUCAAACAGUACCGCACCAAGACUACCCCCGUUGUGAAGUCCCCCAAGGUGGCACCGGAGGAGGCCCCUCCUCGGCGGAUCCUCAUCUAUGGUGUCCAGGAGGAGAAUGGCUCUCGUGUGCAGAACUUCGCCCUGGACCUGACCCCACCGCCCGAGGUUGUUUACAAGUCAGAACCUGGCACCAGCGAUGGCAUGAACGUGCUAGGGAUCGUCAUCUUCUCUGCCACCAUGGGCAUCAUGCUGGGCCGUAUGGGUGACAGCGGGGCCCCCCUGGUCAGCUUCUGCCAGUGCCUCAAUGAGUCCGUCAUGAAGAUCGUGGCAGUGGCUGUGUGGUACUUCCCCUUUGGCAUCGUGUUCCUCAUCGCCGGCAAGAUCCUGGAGAUGGACAACCCCACGACCGUGGGAAAGAAGCUGGGCUUCUACGCUGUCACCGUGGUGUGCGGGCUGGUGGUGCACGGCCUCUUCAUCCUGCCCCUGCUCUACUUCUUCAUCACCAAAAAGAACCCCAUCGUCUUCAUCCGCGGCAUUCUCCAGGCCCUGCUCAUCGCACUGGCCACCUCCUCCAGCUCAGCCACACUGCCAAUCACCUUCAAGUGCCUGCUGGAGAACAACCACAUCGACCGGCGCAUUGCCCGCUUCGUGCUGCCCGUGGGCGCCACCAUCAACAUGGAUGGCACCGCACUCUACGAGGCUGUGGCUGCCAUCUUCAUUGCCCAGGUCAACAACUAUGAGCUGGACUUCGGCCAGAUCAUCACCAUCAGCAUCACAGCCACCGCAGCCAGCAUCGGGGCAGCUGGCAUCCCCCAGGCCGGGCUCGUCACCAUGGUCAUCGUGCUCACCUCCGUGGGACUUCCCACUGAUGACAUCACCCUCAUCAUCGCCGUCGACUGGGCUCUGGACCGUUUCCGCACCAUGAUUAACGUGCUGGGUGAUGCACUGGCCGCCGGGAUCAUGGCUCACGUCUGCCGGAAGGACUUCUCUCAGGACACGGGCACUGAGAAGCUGCCGCCCUGCGAGACCAAGCCAGUGAGCCUCCAGGAGAUCGUGGCGACCCAGCAGAACGGCUGUGUGAAGAGCGUGGCUGAGGCCUCAGAGCUGACCCUGGGCCCCACCUGUCCCCACCACGUCCCCAUCCAGGUAGAGCAGGAUGAGGAGCCAGCUGCCACCAGCCUGGACCACUGCACCAUUGAGAUCAGUGAGCUUGAGACCAACGUCUGA